AUGCUAUCAAAUGAAGUACCUGUGAAUCGGCGACUCUUACAAUGUACCAGUGCAAUUUUUUGGUGUUUGUUAUCCGGUGGUCCUAUUUUCGGAUUUGCUGCCUUAAAACCCAUCCUAAUCAAAGAAAAAAUCUAUGAAAAUGUUUGUGAAUACUCAACUAAUUCGUCCACGAGUGCAUGGGAGAAGUUAGUUUUAGACCCUUCCAUGUUCGGGUCAGUGAGUAUUUCCGUGAUUAGCUCCGCAUUUGGGAUUUCUGAGGACCUAAGUGAAGCGAAAUGCACUGCUCAAGAUUUGAAACUCAACAUGAUGUUUACCGUUGCCGCCAUGUUGACCAACGUUUCCGCUUUACUCAUUGGUACUUGCCUUGAUAACUUCGGGCCUAAAUUCUGUGGUCUCGCUGGUGCUUCUUUCCUAUAUGUGGCAUGCUUCAUCUUUAUGUUCAGCGAUAUUAUAAAGUCCAGGUUAUCACUUUUCGACCCGUAUUUAAUCGGAUAUGCUUCUAUGGCAUUAGGGGGUCCUUUUGCUUUUAUUUCAUCAUUCCAACUUUCAAAUUCUUUUCCCUCGAAAAGUGGGACAAUUUUGGCUCUCAUUACAGGUGCAUUUGAUGCCUCUUCUGCAAUAUUUCUCCUCUAUCGCAUUGUUUACAAUGCUACAAGUGAGUCGUUCACCUUGGAUAAAUUUUUCAAGUGUUAUUUAUUUGUUCCCACAUUCAUUGCAGUUAUGCAGAUUCUCAUUAUGCCCAACGAGUCGUACAAGACUGAACCAGGUACAGUGUUGUGCCAAGACGAUUUUGGUGAACGAUCAACAACUUCUAUAGCAGCAGCAACAGAAACAGAUGCUUUGAUUGGCGAGUCACUAAAUAGUCUGACUAAGCACUCAAGAAGAGAUUCAAUUGGUGAUGCAUUAAAACAACCUUAUGCAUUAGAGGGGGAAGAAUUUUUGAUCGAGCAUUCAGGUGGUAUAUUUGGAGUUUUGCAUGGUUUCUCUGCAGCAUAUCAACUCAAAACACCAUGGUUUUUUCUUAUGUGUUUGUUCACCACGAUUCAGAUGUUAAGAUUAAAUUAUUUUGUGGCCACUGUGGGAUCACAAUACUCAUAUUUAUUGGACUCAAUUUCACAAAGUGCCAAUUUGAAUAGGUUCUUUGACAUCGCAUUGCCACUCGGUGGCAUAGUUGCGAUACCGUUUAUCGGAAUAUUUCUUGAUUACUGCUCAACCGUGGUAGUCUUGGCAACACUACUUGGGGUCUCAUUAUCAAUUGGAAUCCUUGGCCUCUUUCCUAGCUUUUCAGCUGGUGUGUUGAAUGUCUCUCUCUUUGUUGUCUACAGACCAUUCUUUUACACAACCGUCUCUGAUUACAGUGCUAAAGUAUUUGGUUUCGAUACUUUUGGGACUGUUUAUGGCUCCAUUAUUUGCAUUGCUGGUGUAUUCAACUACCUUCAAUCGGUGUUGGACAAACUCACACACACUACUUUUGCUAUGAAUCCAACACCCAUCAACAUUAUUUUGGUUACCCUCACUUUUAUUGCUGGUUUAGCAACUGUGGGCUACGUGAGGCAGCAGGCUGUUUUGUACAAGAAAAACAAGCAAGUUGAUCAUUUGCACAAUGUAUAA